AUGGAGAGAGCUUGCCAUAGGAGGUCCAGGAGUAUUACAAACAUUGAAUUUGAAGGAAUUCAACAGAUUGAGAAACACAUUCAGGAACAGGAAGCUAUUUCAAAAUCGUCAUCUGAUUCUAGUUCUUAUAUAGAUGGAACCACAAGAAAGGAUAUGUUCAUGCUUGAAUUGGGGUAUAGCUCUCUGAGAAAGUCCACUGGAACGCUGAUGGAUUUACUGGCAGAAGAAAAGUCACAAGAAGUUGAAGCCAAGAGAAGAUCACCAACUGAUAUUCCUAGAUUGAUUAGUCUUGAAGUGUUGCCAAGUCCACGACAUGUUCAUAGACAACGAUCAAGGUCAUCGGAUAGCUAUCGACAGAAAAGUGCAUCAAUGAGCAGUCAGGGGAGUGGUCAACUUUUGGAUGACCGUUCGAGUAGGAGAAGCUCAAUGAAGAAGCUAGAUUUCAAAGAUGUAUAUGAAGAUCUGGAAGCUUCACACAUCACUAAUCAACAUUACUUGUCAAUAAGGAGUUCAAGAUCAAGGCUUACAAAAUCUGAGAUGGCACUCGUUCAGCAGGGGUUCAUGGAUGCAAAAUGUCUUUCAACGGAUGCAAAGCUUCAGGUUUUAAAACAGUUUGAUGACACACUAGAGAUGGUUGACUCAAAUACAGAUUUAAUGCUGAAAUUUCCCCAGAAACCAGAAUCUUUGUGUGCAAAGCAUUUGCAUGAUUUGCAGGUCCGUCGUCCCAGCUCACUUAGCAGUCAUAUAACAGUUUUGAAGCCAUCAAAUUCUGCUAAUUAUGAAGGAAAUGUCAAAGCUUGGGAAUCAGAGAGAAAUAAUUCGUGUAAACAUGACCUCGCCUGUGAUGAGAAACGUGAAGAUGGUCUUUUACUCCACUCGCACAGUCACUGUAGAGCUCACAUUUCUCGCAAGUCAGAGAUUCAUUCAGAAGAAAAUGAUGAGAAAAUCACCCUUCCCACAAGAAUUGUUGUUCUCAAGCCAAACAUCAGGAAGAUGCACAAUGCAGGUUCAUCUCCUUCAUUGCCUGAUUACUCACAUGGUUUUCUGUCCAAUGUAAGAAACCUCAAGGAAUAUCCAAUUGUUGGAGGUGCUGAAACACUAUCUUCGAGAGAAAAAGAUUCCCCUCAUGACUUGGGAUUCUUGAAGCCCAAGUCAAGGAAAGCUAGAAUAAUAGCCAGGGAAAUUACAAAUCAUAUAAGACACGGCUGUGAUGGAAGGAUCGAUCUAAGGUCUUCUACAGUCAGAGGAUAUGCAGGGGAUGAGAGUCCAUGUGAUGCUUAUGAAAGUGAUUCAGGCAGUGAGUUUGACAUAUUUAAAGCGUCGUCUAGAAAUUCCUUCUGUCGUAAUAACGGGUCUGAAUAUUUGUCUUGCAAUUUACUCGAGUCAUCAUUUGUCAGUAGGGAGUCAAAGAAGAGAUUGUCUGAGAGGUGGAAGACAACUCACAAAUAUCAAGACGUGGACAUGGCUGCUAAGGCUAGCACACUGGGUGAAAUGCUUGCCAUUCCUGAUAGAGAAACAAAACUUGAAAAUGAGAAUGCCAGGAUGGAUCUUGAUGGAGAACGUGAUCAACUUGCUAGAGAAAAUGGAACUACUAUGUGGGAUGGGCCUUCUGGUAUCAGCAGUAGGGAUGGUUGGAAGGAUAAGCUUAUGAGAUCUUCACGUAGAUCAAAAUCCCUUCCUCCAUCAUCAGGUAGUGGCAGAAUUCACAAAAGAAGUGCACAUAGUGACGCUAUUGCUGAAGAUGAGUAUCUCAUGCACAGGAAUGCUGUGAGUCACGGUAAAAGUAAGACUGUGAAGGGAAAUCUGUAUCCGAAAGAAGAUUUUACAAUCACAGAUUUAAAAUCCAGGAACAAGAAACCUCUUUCAUUUCACCAUGCAUUUAUUGGGGAGACAGACUCUUCACUGGAAGCCAGGUUUGAGAUUCAAAUGGAGACGAACCUUGAGAAAGAUCCAUCUGAACAACAGCCCAUGUCUCAGAUGGCAAAAGAGGAUGGAACCUGUACAAAUCCUGAGUUAUCUUCAAAAUCUUCUGAGUUGUCCCUGAAGCAGUCUUCUUCAGAGGUAGAAAAUGUCAACACUGCUGCUCACAACGAAGGGGUUCCCAAUUGCCAGGAACCACAAAAGGGACCACCCCAACAAGGUUCAGAUCCUGGUUUUUCAGAAAAUUUGCUGCAGGCUGAUCCUAGUCCAGAUUCUGUCCUUGAGAUUCCUCUCACAGAAGAUGUAUCAUCUGUUUCUGAAAGCUUUGAGAGAGUCAAUGCUGAACUUCAUGAACUGCGAAUGCAACUGCAGCUCCUCAAGAUGGAGUCACAAGCAUGUGUUGAGGCACCCACUCUUAUUUCAAGCAAAAAUGAUGUUGCACAAAAAUCACAUAUGGUUUUUGAGGAAAACUACAUGUUAGGAGCAGAUGACUGGAAAGAUUCUUAUGUUCAUGAUGUGCUAAUUGAUUCUGGUUUUGAAGAAUCCCACCUUUUUAUGUUUAGGACAAUGUGGUACUCCUCAGAAUGCCCUUUGAGUCCAUGGUUGUUCGACGACCUCGAGAAGAAAUACAACAACGAUGAGAUAACUGGUUUGAGGGAAGAAAGAAGGUUUCUAUUUGACCGAAUAAAUUCAGCACUCUUGGAGGCGUUCCAGCGGCACGUUGACUGGUACCCCUGGGUGAUGCCAAAAAUAAAGAGUGUCAAUUUAACCUGUCAGAAACAAGUGGUCAGAGAUGCUUGUCAAAAAUUGUUAACAGGCCAUGAUUUUGAAGCAGAUAGGUACAUACCGGAAAGAAUACUUGACAGAGAGAUGCAAUGGUUAGAAUUCAAAGGAGAGAUUGACGCAAUAGGAAAUUCUCUGGCGUUGAGUCAGGAUACUCAGAAAAUACAGGAUGUUCUUACCCUGUACUGUCAAGAAUUCCUUACUAUUGCAUGGGGACAGGUUCAUCUUUGA